AUGGCGCUCGAUGCAGUGACGAAACUCUCAAUCGCAGAGAUGUCAAUUUACAUCCCUCUCCUCCUCCCCACUGGGUUGCUGUUCUACAGACAUGGUCGACGCUCACUUGCAGCAUUUUUCUUCCUCGCUGCCUUCGAGAUACUUCGCAUUGUCGCCUCAGGCAUUCAAAUCGGCAGUCAUAACGAUCCACACCCUUCUACGUCUGGGGCAAUCGUUUCCUCCAUUGGCCUUAGUCCUUUGCUGAUUGCUACUGCUGGCUUUCUGGCUUUAUUAAAGGGCUACUACGCAACGUCGAACAGCAGUCAGCUUACAACUUUGGUUCAAGAGGUGGCUAUCCAUGUUGGCGCAAUCACUGGCAUUGCACUCCUCGCGACUGGUGGAGCGAAGCUCGGGGGUGACCUCAACAGCCAAGCAGACGUUGACUCGGCCUAUACAUUCCUUGAAGCUGGUGCCGUAAUCCUCCUGAUCACAUGGAUUACAGUCUCGUUCCUCUGCGGUCAACUUUACCUCAGGCUUCGAAAACACCGAGCUGCUGCAUCUCUGAUGAUUCUGGCAUGCAUCUUCAUUGGAGUGAGAGCAAUCUACAGCGUCGUGUACGCUUUUAAGCAUGCGCAGUCGCUGAGUCCCUUUACGGGCACAUUUGCUGUGAGAUUCGUCUUCACAUUCUUGGCACAACUCAUCGCAGCUUUGUGUCUGCUGGCCGUUGCGUUUGUGACGCGCAAUAUAUUGAGCGACCACGGACUGGAUGCUCGGGCCCAGGCACGGAGGGUUCGACAUCCGCGCCAACACAGUCGAGGCGCUUCGAUCCCACUCACGUCGGGUUCUUCCAAAUGA